CUUCCUCUUUACUGUUGCUUCCUUUCCUUGGAGGUAACACUUUCUUCAUCUCUUUCGAAAACAUUUUUUCCUUCUUAUUUUGCAGUGAUGCCAAUAGUCAUUAAAACUUCGGUGGCUCAGCCGACAAAGGCUGGCCCACUCUCUCCAGGAGUGGUUCCUCCCCCAGUCCAUGCCCCAACCACCGAUACAGGUGGGGUGAAUUCUGGGGGCAUCUAUUCAGCUAUUAUCAGCCGGAAUUUCCCUAUUAUUGGAGUGAAGGAGAAGACUUUUGAGCAGCUGCACAAGAAAUGUCUAGAAAAGAAGGUUCUGUAUGUGGAUCCUGAUUUCCCCCCCGAUGAGACCUCUCUGUUCUACAGCCAGAAGUUCCCCAUCCAGUUUGUUUGGAAGAGACCACCGGAAAUCUGCGAGAAUCCCAGGUUUAUUGUGGGCGGAGCCAACAGAACCGACAUCUGCCAAGGAGAUUUAGGGGACUGUUGGUUCCUGGCUGCCAUUGCCUGCCUGACCCUGAAUGAGCGACUACUCUUCCGAGUUAUCCCCCAUGAUCAGACUUUCACUGAAAACUAUGCUGGGAUUUUCCAUUUUCAGUUCUGGCGUUAUGGAGAUUGGGUGGAUGUGGUUAUUGAUGACUGUCUCCCAACCUAUAACAACCAGCUGGUCUUCACCAAAUCCAACCAUCGCAAUGAGUUUUGGAGUGCUCUGUUGGAGAAGGCCUAUGCAAAGCUCCACGGCUCUUAUGAAGCCCUGAAAGGUGGUAACACCACAGAAGCUAUGGAGGACUUCACCGGAGGAGUGACAGAAUUCUUUGAUAUCAAGGACGCUCCCAGAGACAUGUACAAGAUCAUGAAGAAAGCUAUUGAGAGGGGUUCCCUCAUGGGCUGCUCCAUUGAUACAAUUGUUCCGGUGCAGUAUGAGACACGAAUGGCCUGUGGGCUGGUCAAAGGUCAUGCAUAUUCAGUCACUGGACUAGAGGAGACGACAUUUAAAGGAGAGAAGGUGAAGUUGGUGCGGCUGAGGAAUCCCUGGGGUCAGGUGGAAUGGAAUGGCUCCUGGAGUGACGGCUGGAAGAACUGGGUCCUGAUUGACAAGGCAGAGAAAUCUCGUUUGCAGCACCAGGUGACCGAGGACGGAGAAUUCUGGAUGUCCUAUGAAGAUUUCAUGUAUCAUUUCACAAAACUUGAGAUCUGCAACCUCACAGCUGAUGCCCUGGAAUCUGACAAGCUCCAGAGCUGGACUGUGUCUGUGAAUGAGGGCCGUUGGGUGCGAGGAUGCUCUGCUGGAGGCUGCCGCAACUUUCCAGACACUUUUUGGACCAAUCCUCAGUAUCGCUUGAAGCUUCUGGAGGAAGAUGAUGACCCUGAAGAUAGUGAAGUUGUCUGCAGCUUCCUGGUGGCCCUGAUGCAAAAGAAUAGGAGGAAGGAUCGGAAACUAGGAGCCAACCUCUUCACCAUUGGUUUUGCCAUCUAUGAGGUGCCAAAAGAGAUGCAUGGGAACAAACAGCACCUACAGAAGGAUUUCUUCUUGUACAACGCCUCCAAAGCCCGUAGUAAAACCUACAUCAACAUGCGUGAAGUGUCCGAGCGCUUCCGCCUGCCCCCAAGCGAGUAUGUCAUCGUCCCCUCCACCUACGAUCCGCACCAGGAGGGAGAAUUCAUCCUUCGCGUCUUCUCGGAAAAGAGGAACCUCUCUGAAGAUGUAGAAAAUACAAUCGCUGUGAAUCGCCCUGUGCCAACCCCAAGUAACACUGACCAGGAGAGCGAGGAGCAGGCGCAAUUCAAGAACAUUUUUCGACAGAUUGCUGGUGAUGACAUGGAAAUUUGUGCUGAUGAACUCAAGAAUGUUCUCAACUCAGUGGUGAACAAACAUAAAGACUUGAAGAUAGAUGGAUUCACUCUAGAGUCCUGCCGAAGCAUGAUUGCUCUGAUGGAUACAGAUGGUUCUGGAAGGCUGAACCUGCAGGAAUUCCACCACCUCUGGAAGAAGAUUAAGAGCUGGCAGAAAAUCUUCAAACACUAUGACACAGACCACUCCGGCACCAUCAACAGCUAUGAGAUGCGCAAUGCUGUGAAUGAUGCAGGCUUCCACCUCAACAGUCAACUCUAUGAUAUUAUCACCAUGCGCUAUGCAGACAAGCACAUGAACAUCAACUUUGACAGCUUCAUCUGCUGCUUUGUACGGCUGGAGGGCAUGUUCAGGGCUUUUCAAGCCUUCGACAAGGAUGGAGAUGGCAUCAUUAAACUCAACGUUCUAGAGUGGCUGCAGCUUACUAUGUAUGCCUGAACCAUACCUCCCUCAACUCAAAUAAAAUUGAACAGAAUGAACCAUUCGUGAUGUCAACCACAGCAGCUAGUCACUUCUAAGAAAGAAACACCCCUAACAGCCUUGGGAUUCCCAUGAUGGUUCUCUUCUGUCAUUCUGUACUCCCAGCUAGCCUCAGGAUGUUCCAGUUUCAUUAUUCACUACAUCUGCCCUUGGGAUAACCAGAUGCCUUCUCCAGGCCCAUAAAGCUGCUCCCCUACCAACCUUAGCCCUCUAGGAUAAGGUAUGAGCAGAGGUGUAACUUCUCUUCCCCAUAAAAGCAGUGACAUUAUCUCAGAGUAAUACAGUGAAGAGAAUCUCUGCCAACUUCAGAGUUCCAGUUUAACCCUGGGGGAAGAUUUUAACUGGAGAGGAUCAGUCCAGGCAUCUAAAAGGCUAACUUGAUCCCAGAGCUAAUGCAAGGGUUUGAGCCUCCAAUCAAGGUCCCUCUUUGGACUGUCCCCAAUCUCCAGAUCAGAACUGACCUCAGGGGUGGGACAUGAUGCAAUUAUUGCUAGGAAAACUACAACUAGUUCAAAACCAAACCAGGCCUGAGGAAGGGUAAGGAAAUACUUCCUGGGGUAUUUGUCCAGCACUGUCCUUUGCUGGUCACAUUAAAGAAAAAGACCUUCAUUGUUUACAUGCUGAUGGACAUUAAGCAUGGAGUGCCUCCUGUACUCCUUCCCUCUAUCCCAGCCCUUGGUUUUACUUCAAGAUUUUAUUUGUUCUGGAUUUAUACAGAGGAAAGGUAGACCAGAGUAAUUCCUUGUUUGGGUUGUCACAGGUGAUUGGUUGUAGUCCCAAGAAGACUUCCCAAAUUAAUAAAAGGUAUGUGUCUGU